CAGGGAACCAAGCAGUUGCUAGGUAACCAGUGCUUCCAUACCAGAGAGGAAACAAAGCAGUUUCUGGGUAACCAGUGCCUCCAAACCAAGACAGGAAACCAAGCAGUUGCUAGGGGUUUUCUACAGUGGACCCCAUCUUCAGGAGACAUGAGGCGAUCUCAAGACCCCCAGAGGAAGAGGUUCUACGUUUGCUGUCUAAAGUGAAGACAAAUAAGUCACAGGAGCCUGAUGGGAUACACCAAAAAUUAUUUAAAGAGCUUAGUGGUCUCUACACACGGCGGUGAAGUCAACACUGUGGUGACAUUCAUGAUGUAUUUUGUUGUGAAUUUUGGGAUUUCAUGAUGGUUGAAGUCCCAGGCCUGCCACCCAUUAUGGAGAAUGCGCGGUCACUCCACCCAUUAAAGCAAAGACAGGCUCCCUCUGAUCACCUGACUAGUGAUGUCAUGUCUCAAGCUGCACUACAACCAGGGAAAACCUGAGAUGGCAGUCAUUUUCUAUGCUGUUAAAAAUAAAUCUUGGACAAAAAUCACAGAAGAAUUGCAAGACCACCGUGAAACACAGGUUGCAAUCCUCCUGUCCCUUGCUGUCCUCCAUAAAGUUGCCUAGAAAAAAGGUUGCCCCCAAAUGAUGCCAGGCAAGAUCCUCCACUUAAAGGAAAGGUUAAAUGUUAAUUUUGAAGGCUAUCGGUGCUUUCAAGUCAUGAGAUUUGCAGCGGAGGAGAUUAACAAUAGUAGCCAUCUUCUACCUAAUGUAACUUUGGGAUACAAUGUCUUUGACACUUGCUAUGUGUACAACAACAUCCAGCCAGCUCUGAAUUUCAUGUCAAGGGAUUACGUCAUCGACCCUGCAAAUAGUUUUACACAGUAUAUCCCCAAUGUGAUCUCUGUCAUUGGCCCGGAUAGCAAUGAUGCUGCUGAGACCACUGCCAAUCUUUUUAAUCUAUUGCUUCUUCCACAAAUCAACAUUUUUGCCACCAGUAAGAAGAUGAGUGACCUGAACCUGCCGUCGUGUUUCCAGACCAUCCCUAGCAGCAAGAUACAGCAGCAAGCCAUUAGAGACAUCCUCAACCAUUUUCACUGGACUUGGAUCGCCGUCCUGGGGAGCAUGGACAAAUAUGGAUUUGAAGGAGUGGAGCAGUUUCUUGCAUUCACAUCCAAUACGAAUAUUUGUGUCGCAUAUAAAAACUUCAUACCCAUUAAAAUACAGGGCAAAGAGGCGGAGUGGGAAACUUCCAUAUACAACAUUGUCUCCAAUAUCACCCUUACUAAUGUCAAUGUUGUCUUAUUGUUCGCUACAGACAUUUUCCUUCUGAACUUUUUUACAGAAGUUGUGGAAGUGGAUUUUCCCUCGAAGAUAUGGCUGGCUACUGAGACUUGGUCCUUGUCUAAGGACAUUUAUAAUUUACCAAAUUUAAAAAAAAUAGGAGUGGUGCUUGGUAUUGCUCUGAAAUACGUGAACAUCCCAGGAUUCGAUGAAUAUCUUAUGAAUGUAUUCUAUCAAAACAGGAGCAGCUUGGGAAAGUCAAGAUUAGAUGAAAGCUGCAACCAGAACUGCGAUGACUGCCUCAAUACAUCUCUGAGUAACUUUCUGGGUGACUUUGAUAACAGGGUCAGCUUCAGCAUCUACACAGCCGUGUAUGCGGUGGCCCAUGCCCUACAGAAAGUGCUUGGCUGUAGUAAAACAUACUGUGAUAAAAAAGAGGUCUACCCAUGGCAAAUGACUGAAGCUCUAGGACAAGUGAACUUUACAUUGCUGAACAAUGAAAUAAGCUUCAACAUAUAUGGCGAUUCUCCUACUGGAUAUGACAUUGUCUUCUGGAACUGGUUGGGUGGAACCCCGUUUCAGACUGUUGGGGCCUAUACUGGCUUAGGGAACCUCAAUAUCAACUCAGACAAAAUUAAUUGGCAAACAGAAAAUAACACGAUUCCUCCAUCAGUGUGUUCUUCUGACUGUUUACCAGGGCAGGAAAAGCAGGAAACGGGACAAUAUAGAUGCUGUUUUACAUGUGUCAGCUGUGUGGCUGGAACCUACCUCAAUAAUAAUGGUACCUGUGUGAACUGUGGUACCGACCAGUGGUCCACACAGAGAAGUACCUACUGCUAUGAUAAAAUCAUACACUACUUGAGCUGGAGUGACUACAUGACCAUAAUCUUGUUUGUGACAACACUCAUGGGACUAUUGCUAACAGUUAUUGUCAUUGUUACCUUCAUUGUCCACAUAUCAAGUCCUGUGGUGAAGGCUGCAGGCGGGAGAAUGUGCUUCCUUAUGCUUGUAUCACUGACUGUAGCCUAUCUUAGCAUCUUGUCCUAUCUUGGCCCACCUAGCACACUCAAGUGCAUAAUGAGAAAUCCUAUAUACAGCAUCGCCCUCACCAACUGCUUUUCCUACAUUUCGAUUCGGUCUUUUCAAAUAGUAUGUAUAUUUAAAAUGGCUUCAAAGUUGCCAGCCACCUAUGACUACUGGGUAAAAGAGAAUGGGCAGUACAUCUGUCUGGCCAUCCUUUCUGGUGUUCAGGUCCUGUUCUCAUGUUUGUGGAUUUUUAACAACCCUCCUAAAGCAAACACAAAAGAUCUGAGUGCGGAUGAGGUUCUCUUGGACUGCAGCCAGUUUGGAUCAGUCUACAAUAUCCUACAGUACAGUUAUAAUGCUCUUCUUAGUCUUCUAUGUUUUACAUUUUCUUAUAUGGGCAAAGAGUUGCCCAAAAACUACAGCGAAGCCAAAUGUAUCACUGUUGCUAUGUUAAUUUAUUUUGUGGUCUGCAUUGCUUUCUUUACUGCCCAGCUCAUUGAUGUUGGUGAGUAUGGCAUCCCAAUAAACGCAGGUCUGGCUUUAGCUAGCCUUAUAGGUAUUAAAGGAGGCUAUUUCCUUCCAAAAUGCUAUAUCAUCUUCUUUAAGCCAAAGUUUAAUACCUCAAAGCACUUCCAAACAACCAUCCAGUCCUACACCAAAAGAGGGAGCGGGAGCACAAAGUAAGAUCUUCACAUUCACGAUCUUCAAGUAAAAUAAGUAUUUCCUAUUUUGGCAGAUAUUAAAAAAAUAUGUUAAAAUGCAAAAGUGAUGCCUGAUUAAGAGGUUGUCCAUCUAAAUAUAUACAGAAAAAUCUGAUUAAUAAUGCAGGGUGCAUUUACAAUUGGCAUCACCUAAGUGCUUCCAAGUUGUAAGAUUUGAUCUGAACAGGGUUGCCAACCUGAAUGUUUCUUUUUCUGGACAACUUAUAUAAAAAUAGUAAUAUAUCUCAAUAUACUGAUAUAAAAUCUUUACCAACAUUUACAUAAAAAUCCCAGGCUUUUUCUUUCGAGGACAUUGUAAGAUAGUAUGCCUCUAGCAAACAUAAGUUUACCUA